AUGGCAAAGCCUCUGGAGCUCAUUUUCUCCAGUGUAGACGGGCUGGAUCUAUACCUCGAUGUCUACUUGCCAUCUACUGACACUGGAACGACCAAAGUUCCGGUCUUACUGUGGUGGCAUGCGGUCGAAAAAUACGGAAUAUGCGUUGUUUCUGCAGAUUAUCGACUAGCACCACAAAGUCGGCUCCCUGCCAUCCUUGCUGACUGCAAAGCCGCGAUGGAGUUCGUCCAGUCGCCUGCGUUUGCGGAAGCGACGAGCAACAGCGUCGAUUCCGCAAAACUCGUAGUCAGCGGGAGUUCGGCCGGUGGCUGGCUCUCCCUUUUGAAUGGGACGGGCAUUGGCUACGCUGCCUGUGGUCUUGACCCGCCUCCCAGGGUGCUUGGUAUCGCAGCGCUUUAUCCGAUAACGGAUCUCGCUGACCCGUUUUGGACCACGAAGCAGCGCCCCGUCUCGUACUUCCCGCGCGUCAUUCCGGAUGAAGAGGUCGCGUCCUUUGUUGACCCAACCUCGGCAAAGAUAAGUUUUACGACUCCAGAGAGUCCGCGGUCAGUGCUCUACCAUUAUAUGGUACAGGAAGGCAUUUUGGAGAAGCUUCUCCUUGAAGGGACGGGGAUCUCUGCCUCUGCAGUCGCCAUCGCACCUCAGAUUAAGACUGGGAAAUUCGAUGUCCCACCGGUUUACCAGAUCCAUGGCGACAUUGACGAUAAGGUCCCUUGUCAACAGGCACGGGACGUGGAGGCAGCGUUGAGGGAGAUCAACGGGGUAGAACAUGUUUAUGAAGAGCUGCCUGGAGUGGACCACCUGUUCGACAAAGAUGCUAGCUACGGGAUGGAGAAUAUGUACGCAUUUGUGCAAAGAGUUACCAAGUAA